AUGCAUAACACAGACGUCCUUAUAAUCGGCGCCGGGAUGUCAGGCAUUGGCCUGGGUGUCCACUUGAUUCGCGAAUUUGGCACUAGGAACUUCGAGAUCUUCGAGAAAGACUCUGCCAUAGCCGGAACAUGGAGAGUCAACAGUUAUCCAGGCUGUGGAUGCGACGUUCCAUCCCAUUUCUACUCAUACUCCUUCGCUCUCAACCCCAACUGGUCUCAAGCAUAUGCUAUGCAACCAGAGAUACAGACGUACUUCAAUGAUGUUGCCAAGAAGUAUGAUAUUGAAGGACAUGUUAGGCUCAACUCAGUCGUUGAGUCUGCCCACUGGGACGAGUCUUCUGGGACUUGGGAAGUUGCCAUUCGAGAUACUAAGACCUCUGAACUUAUCAUUCGUCGUUCCAAGGUCCUCAUCUCGGCUGUCGGUGCCCUAUCCAUCCCCAAAGAAUGCGAUAUUCCUGGUGCUCCAGACUUUGAAGGGCGAAUGUUUCAUACAGCCAAAUGGGACCAUUCCUUCGAUUGGAAAGACAAGGAAGUAGUGAUCAUUGGAAACGGCUGCAGCGCAACUCAAAUCCUCCCUGUCAUAAGCUCGGGAGACGGAGCCGUCCAGAAAGCAACCCAGUUCGCAAGACAAGCGCACUGGCUUGCAGAACGUCCCAAUCCAACCUACUCGGCCACAUUCAAAUGGACCAUGAGAUGGAUCCCCUUUGCAAUGCGCUUAUAUCGUGCAUGGCUAUACUACCUGAAAGAACAAGACUUUGCAGGCUUUAGAAUCGCUGAAGGUUUCCAAAUUCGGAACCAGUGGGCGAAAGAUACUGCUGAUUAUAUUCGAAGGACGGCACCCGCCAAGUAUCUGGACUUUCUGGUUCCUAAGACUGAGGUUGGCUGCAAGCGAAGGGUCAAUGACACGGACUACCUUGCUUGUUUGCAUCGAGAUAAUGUUGAACUUGUAUAUGACGAUCCGAUCCAGAAGGUUGAAGCGAAAGGUGUACGAACGUCUUCUGGAAGGGUAGUAACUGCCGAUGCUAUUGUCCUCGCGCAUGGCUUCGAGACCCAGAAACCACUAUACCCCAUGAAGAUAUUUGGAAAGGAUGGGGUCAGCAUUAACGAGCAUUGGAAUCAAGUCAGCGAAGGUGCGGCGUCAUCCUACUUCGGAACAUGUCUCUCGGAGUUCCCCAACUUCUUCAUCAUGAUGGGCCCAAACACCUUGAGCGGCCAUCUAUCAGUGAUCUACACCACCGAGUGCCAGAUUAACUACACAAUGAGAGUUCUCAAACCAGUUCUCACAGGAAAGGCAGACAUCGUUGAGGUUACUCCCGAAGCUGAGAAGAAGGACAUAGACAGAGUUCAAGAGAAGGCUAAACGCCUUGUUUGGGCGACAGGAUGCACAUCGUGGUUUAUUGAUGAGAAGACGAAUAGGAACACAAUCAUGUUCCCGGACUGGCAGUUCAAGUUCUGGUUGCGUAGCGUAUUUGUUGCAUGGAAUGAUUUGGAGUAUCGCCAUGUCAGCACUAACAAGCCCGUGAAGACGUCGCGAGUCAGCUUCUCGCUUCUUGCUGUGGCGGGUUUAGUAGGUUUAGGGUCAUUUUAUCUUCAGAUCUUGAAGGCAUAG